AAGUAAAAAAAACAUAUUCAACACGUUUGUCUUCUGUCAAGCAAGAAUGGUACUGCUAAAUUCUCAUGAAUAAUUAUUGCUUUUUAAUGGAAAUCAAUUUUUAAAUCUUUUGAGUGAAUCCAUUGUCUCUGCACUUUAUCCAAAGGCUUUGAAAAUUCAGUGCAGACUUUGAGCAAUCUCCAUAAGUUUCAAUCUUGUCGUCAUUACUUUCUCAAACUCAUCUUUCUUCAUCUUGUUUAUAUCGCAGUUUCAACCUCCUCUUUCCCAUUCCAAUUCUACCGUUGCUAUUCACAUCAUCAAAUGAUUCGAAACCCCAUUUGUUUGAUGGGGCUUUUUUAGGUUCUUGAUUGUUGUAAUCGGAUUCUGAGGCAUGGAUUCUGUCUCAAAAAUGGAAAGAAAGAUCUGUACUGCGUUAUGAGGUCAAGUUCGCCUCUCUUUCUUUAAGUUGGUUUAAGCUGCUACAGAAUUUUCUUUAAGGAUUGUUCUGAGUAUGGGAAGAGUUAGAGGAAAGAGAAAGAAGCCAACGAUUAUUGCUUCUCACGAGGAUCAUGGAAGCGGUGAAGAAUUGAAAAUCCCAGCAUUUAGGAGAAAAGGAAGGCCACAAAAGCCUCUGAAGGCAGAAGUCAAAGAAGAAGAAGCUGAGAAGAUUGUGGAAGAUGGUAAAGAUCCAAAACUCUCUAUCUCUAGUAAAGAUAUGGGGAAUCAGGCCACCAUAACAAAAGGAAGGAAGAGAAAGAAGUCCACACAGGCUAAAGAAGACAAAGACAUGGACAAGCAUGAGAGUGGCAUUGGACUAAAACCAAGUACUGAUGAAUCAAUGAAGUCUGUUGGAUUUCGACAAAAUUGUAGUAGGAGAAAAAGCAAGCCUCGACGGGCUGCUGAAGCUGGUGUUGAAUGCAAGUGAGGUUUGCUUUGUUUCUGUACUGGAUUUAAACCUUUUGCAAUCCUGUCAUAAAUCAUGAAUGUAGAGUGUAACCUGUUGGCGUGCACAAGUCCGGAUGUUUCCUUUUUAAUAUGCAUUUUUGUUACAGUUAAUUUUGAUUUAGAGGGUUUUUUCCAUUUGGGAAAUAAUAUAUCCUCAUUGUAAUCUGCCAUGAAGUUACUUAAUAUACAUACUUUGUUUUCUCAAAAA